UUUAAGAGGCCCCGUCCGGCCCCGCGAAGCCCCGCCUAUAAGGAGGCACGUGCCCGCAGGCCGCGCUCUAGGGGCUGGACUCCGGGCGGUUUGAAAGAUCGGCGCGCACCGCAGGAGCAGCUGUUGGUCUUGCGGCUGUGAUGUCGGUGUUGAGGCCGCUGGACAAGCUGCCCUGCCUGAACACGGCCACCAUCUUGCUGGUGGGCACGGAGGAUGCUCUUCUGCAGCAGCUGGCGGACUCGAUGCUCAAGGAGGACUGCGCCUCCGAGCUGAAGGUCCACUUGGCAAAGUGCCUCCCUUUGCCCUCCAGUGUGAAUCGACCCCGAAUUGACCUGAUCGUGUUUGUGGUUAAUCUUCACAGCAAAUACAGCCUCCAGAACACGGAGGAGUCCCUGCGCCAUGUGGAUGCCAGCUUCUUCUUGGGGAAGUCGUGUUUCCUCGCCACAGGUGCUGGGCGGGAGAGCCACUGCAGCAUUCACCGGCACACCGUGGUGAAGCUGGCCCACACCUAUCAAAGCCCCCUGCUCUACUGUGACCUGGAGGUGGAAGGUUUUCGGGCCACCAUGGCGCAGCGCCUGGUGCGCGUGCUGCAGAUCUGCGCUGGCCAUGUGCCCGGUGUCUCAGCUCUGAACCUGCUGUCCCUGCUGAGAAGCUCUGAGGGCCCCUCCCUGGAGGACCUGUGAGGGCGGCUGGCCCCUGGGCUGCCCCUCCUCAUGGCUUCGUGCUGACUCCAUAAACAUUCUCUAUUGAGGAUGUCCAGUCAGGGCUUGACAAGCCCAGGCUCAGUCCCCAGUGGGUGGGAAGGUUCCCUGCAGUGCCUGUGCUGCAGCAGGGAGAGCUGGGCAGAAGCAGCAAGGGGGCCCAGCGAGUGAGACUGUAGCCCCCUCCCACUCCCACACUCACUCUUGCAGAGCCUCAUGUCUUUAAGCAGCUGGCGUGUUACAUCUCCAUUUAAGGUUUCCUUUGAACAAAAGGUCUGUGGCUAAAAAAAGUUUAAAAAUCAC